UUUUAUGCCGCGCCCCUAAACAUCGUAUUUACUAUCUAUCUAUCGAAACACCAUGCAACCUAGCGUAUUUGAACUGCUAAGUACCUCAGACAAUCAAUAGAGCCAAAGAUUGGGAGCAACGCUGUGGAAGCAAAGAGAGCAUUCUUGCGUUAUCCCCCUGCAUUUGUUAUCAUUCACCUCGACUUCUGCGAUUUACCGCCAUUGCACGGACUUCUGCCUCAGCACAUACCAGUGUUACCUUGCGAAAUUAAAUUUUCCAUGGGCACAGGUCCUUCUACAAGAAUCACGCGGCGUCAACUCCCUGUAACACCAGCUUACACAUUUACCGACUUUAAAGCACAAGGACAGACAAUUGAUCACGUUUUAGUGGACAUUGGAAGAACGACAUGUUUUCGCCUAUCUCCCUUCAAUGCAUACGUCGCACUAUCCAGAAACCUUCGGAUAGAAGAUAACAGGAUUGAGCGACUCGCGGAGGAAACGAAAAAGUGUUUCUUGAGGACAGACAGUCUGACAGAAAACAAGGUACCAUAGUGCAGUACACUGAAAGAAACAAUGCAGUAGUAGCUAUAUAGUGAUGUCAGAAGAAAUCCUGGGACGAAGCCAGACUAAACGAGCACGAUAGAGCUAGAAAAAGACGGAAUGUGAGCAAGGUCCACGUCGGCAACGCCGACCCCUAGU